UUUUUUGCUAUGUAGGCUUUAAAAAAAAACAUAUUGAGUUGAAAUUGGAAAUAAAAAAAUUGUUUUUGUUAAUUUUAACCGCUAUGGUUUCAACAGGGCCGCCACUACCUAUUGUGCAAUGUGUGCAUUGCAUGCAGGCAGCCGAAUGUAUGGGGUGGCCAAAUUAUUAUUCCAAGAAAAAGUAAAACUAAAGUUGACUAAAGUGAGGUGAAUUCGUCUUCAAACAUUUUAACAUGGCAGAGAGAAAAGCUGUCAACAAAUAUUAUCCACCAGACUGGGAUCCAAGGAAAGGAUCAGCAAAUAAAAGAGUUGGACAACAUCCUCUGAGAGACAGAGCCAAAAAACUAAGCCAGGGUAUUUUAGUCAUAAGGUUUGAAUUACCUUACAACAUCUGGUGUGGUGGCUGUGGUAGUCACGUUGGAAUGGGGGUUCGUUAUAAUGCAGAGAAGACAAAAGUUGGUAACUACUACAGCACUCCAAUAUACAAAUUUCGAAUGAAGUGUCACUUGUGUGACAAUUAUUUUGAGAUUCAGACAGAUCCCAAGAAUCAUGACUAUGUUAUUCUGUGUGGAGCAAGGCGAAAGGAACAAAGGUGGGAUCCUGUAGCCAAUGAACAGGUGGUUCCUGAAGAUAAAAACACUCAGAAAAAACUGGCUACUGAUGCUAUGUUUAAACUGGAGCAUGGCUCAAAUGACCAACAGAAAGGAGCAGAAAAAACACAAAGUUUAGCUGUGCUGGAGGAAAGUAAGAUCUCUAUGCAGGAUGAUUACAUACUCAACAGAAUGGCAAGAGAUCAGUUUAGAGCAGAGAAAAAGCAACUAAAAGAUGCAAUGGAUGCAGAUAAUGCCAUAUUGAAGAAGAAUGCCCUUGACAUCUCACUAGUAGAAGAAACUGAAGAGGAUAUAAAGUUGGCAACAUUAAUGAAAUAUUCAGUAACAACAUCAUUUGAGGAAAAACAGAAAGAGAAAAGAAAAAGCAUCGAGCUACGUCCACUGUUUGAGGGUCCAUCUUCAGUUUCCUCUAAGGGGAAAGAACUCAAAUAUAAAUUGGGAAAGGUACUUGAGGCUUCUUACAAAGAUCCCUUUCACAUUAGCCUAAAGAAGAAAAUUCCUGGGUUCAAAGCAACAAAUCCAUCUCUAGUUCUGGUUAAAAAAAAUAAAAUUGUGGCACUUAAAAAAGAAACACCUAAAGGAAAUUCAAAAGUAAAGGUACCAGGCUUGUCAGGCAGGUCUAUACAUGAUGUGUCUGGCACUGAAGCUAUACUCAAUGCAGUGUCUGACAUAGCAAAGAUACACAAUACUGGCAGUGAGGCUACAUAUAAUGCUACAUCUGGCAGUGAGGCUACACUAAAUGUACCACAGACAAGCAAGUUAAAUGAAACUGACAGUGUCAUUGUUUCUGAUUUAAAAGAUCAAUUGAGUGGCAUGUCAAGCUGCCAGGAUCAUUUAACAGUUGAACAGAGUAGAGUAAUCUUUUCAGAUGAAUCUCCUCUCACAUUGCAUGAGAUUUGUAAUGUGCAUGAAGCUACUGACUCAACUUUGAAGACGUUGAACCAUGGACCAAACCAGUCUUUAGAAAAAAGUGGAUUAUUUUCAUUAAUGACGAGUUAUGCAGAUUCAGACAGUGAUUCAACAUUAAGUGUUACCUGAUAUCAUGGAGUUCUUUAAGUUAAUGUUCUUAUUUCAUGUUCUUCAUUAAUGAAAAAUUAAAACUAAAUUCUUUUUUCUUGUUUGUAAA